AUGAUUUGGUUAAUAUUCGUUCUCUCCAUCCUGAAUGGAGCUCUCUGUCAGCUGCACUACUCCGUGCCAGAGGAGCAUGAGCCUGGCACUGUGGUUGGGAAUAUUGCAGAGGAUUUGGGGCUGGACAUCACCAAACUUUCCGCUCGGCGGUUCCAAACGGUGCCCAGUUCACGGACACCUUACCUGGAGGUGAACCUGGAGAACGGAGCGCUUGUGGUGAAGGAGAAAAUAGACAGAGAGGAAAUCUGUAAGCAGACCAUCCCGUGCCUACUGCACCUGGAGGUGUUCCUGGAGAACCCGCUGGAGCUCUUUCGAGUGGAGAUCGAGGUGUUGGACAUCAACGACAAUCCACCCAGCUUCCCGGAGACCGACAUUUCCGUGGAAAUUUCUGAGAGCGCGAUUCCCGGGACGCGCUUCCCGGUGGAAAACGCGUUCGACCCGGACGUUGGCACGAACGCGCUCAGCACGUAUGCCAUCACGAAUAAUAACUUUUUUUACCUCGACGUGCAGACGCAGAGCGACGGGAACAAGUUUGCAGAGCUGGUGCUGGAGAAGCCGCUGGACCGAGAGCAGCAGGCGGCGCACCGCUACGUGCUCACAGCUGUGGACGGGGGCACCCCGCAGCGCACCGGGACCGCUCUCCUGGUCGUUAACGUUCUGGACUCUAAUGACAACGCACCCACGUUUGACCAGUCUGUGUACACGGUUAACCUGCGGGAGAACUCACCCGUGGGCACUCUAGUCAUCCAGCUGAACGCCACGGAUGUUGACGAGGGACUAAACGGGGAAAUAGUUUUUUCUUUCAGCAGUCACAACACCCCGCGGGUAAAGGACUUGUUCAAUAUUGAUGCCAGAACUGGCAGGAUAGAGGUGGCGGGUGAGGUGGACUUUGAGGAGAGCAACACGCACCAGAUUUAUGUUCAGGCUAAAGAUCUGGGCGCGAAUGCCGUUCCGGCGCACUGCAAAGUGUUGGUCAAACUGAUGGACGUGAACGACAACACACCAGAGAUCGGUUUCAGCACUGUGUCAGAGUCUGUGAGCGAGCAGGACGCCGCCGGCACCGUCAUCGCACUUUUUAGCGUCUCGGACAGAGACUCCAGUGAGAACGGGCAGAUGAGCUGCGAGAUACUCGGUGACGUUCCUUUCAAGCUGAAAUCAUCUUUUAAAAACUACUACACCAUUGUGACAGACGGGCCGUUGGACAGAGAGAGCACGGAUUCCUACACGAUCACUGUGGUGGCCAAAGAUAAAGGUCAGCCUUCACUAGCAACCAGCAAAUCCAUUAAAGUGCACGUCUCCGACGAGAACGACAACGCGCCGCGCUUUACGCAGGCAGUUUAUGAUGUGUAUGUGACUGAGAACAACGUGCCUGGUGCUUUCAUUCACGCAGUGAGUGCUUUGGACCCUGACAUGGGUCAGAACGCUCUAAUUACCUACUCCAUAUUGGAGUGUGACAUCCAGGACAUGUCUGUGGACACGUAUGUUUCCAUAAACCAAGACACCGGAUACCUUUACGCUUUGCGCUCUUUUGAUUAUGAGCAGCUGAAGGAGUUUAGUUUCAUGGUCCAGGCUAGGGAUUCAGGUGCUGCAGAGCUCUUCUCGAACGCCACAGUUAACGUGAUCAUAGUAGACCAGAAUGACAAUGCUCCCACUGUCAUUGCCCCCAUUGGGAAAAACGGCACAACCAGAGAGCAUCUCCCGCGCGCUGCAGAACCUGGAUACCUGGUGACACGCAUUGUGGCCAUGGACGCAGAUGAUGGUGAAAACGCACGACUGUCCUACAGCAUCCUGCGGGGCAACGAGAUGGGAAUGUUCCGCAUGGACUGGAGGACUGGAGAGCUAAGGACUGCACGUAGGAUCUCUCCAAAGCGCGAACCCCAGGGCUUCUACGACCUGCUGAUUGAAGUAAGGGACCACGGACAGCCCCCACUCUCCUCCUCCGCCAGCGUGAGUGUGAUUUUAGUGGACAGUGUGGUGGAGGGCCGCAGUGGAGACCGCGGAUCAGCCUCCAAGUCUAAGGAGACCUCUCUUGACCUCACCCUCAUUCUCAUCAUCGCUCUGGGCUCCGUUUCCUUUAUUUUCCUCCUGGCAAUGAUCGUGCUGGCAGUACGCUGCCAAAAGGACAAAAAGCUCAACCUGUACACGUGCCUGCUGGCGGGUGACUGUUGUUUGUGCUGCGGCUCAUGCUGCAGCAGGCAGACUCGUGGCAGGAAGCAGAAGAAACUAAGUAAAUCUGACAUCAUGUUGGUUCAGAGCACCAACGUGACAUCAGGAGUUGGGCCCGUGGGGCAGGUGCCCGUGGAGGAGUCUGGGGUGGGAGGUGUGGGUGGCGGCUUCGGCUCCCAUCACCACCAGAACCAGAACUCCUACUGCUACCAGGUGUGUCUGACUCCAGAGUCAGCCAAGACAGAUCUGAUGUUCCUCAAGCCGUGCAGCCCCUCCCGCAGCACUGACACGGAUCACACCAACCCCUGCGGGGCUAUUGUCACCGGCUACAGUGACCAAACACCUGACAUCAUAUCCAAUGGCAGCAUCCUGUCCAGUGAGACAAAACACCAGCGAGCAGAACUCAGCUAUCUGGUGGACAGACCAAGACGUGUCAACAGUUCGGCUUUUCAAGAAGCAGACCUUGUCAGCUCUAAAGACAGUGGUCAUGGGGACAGCGAGCAGGGCGACAGCGACCAUGAUGCCACAAACAGGGGUCAUUCAACUGGCGCUGACCUGUUCUCCAACUGCACGGAGGAGUGCAAGGCCCUGGGUCACUCCGACCGCUGCUGGAUGCCGUCCUUCGUGCCAUCAGACGGGCGCCAGGGGCCGGACUACCGCAGCAAUCUGCACGUUCCCGGCAUGGACGCCACACUGCCCGAUACUGAGCCCGCAAAAGGAUUUGCUAGCUCGUUCCACGUGGACCUGUCGGAGACGGCGUGAAUUUCUGUAGUAGACCACCAUCACUGAUUCUAGAGACAGCAUAGGAACACUAAAGAGAGGCAACAUGGACAACAGCAACCUUGGUUAAACUUCAUUAUCUCGGGUGGCGAACUGUAACGAAGCCUUGGCAGUGGCUGCUGAGGGAGGAAAGGAGAAAUAAUUACUGAGUAGCUGUAAACCUCUGGAUACCCGAGGAGCAAUCCAAGGCUUAAUUUCUCUCAGCAGGACUGAGACCGGGGCCAAAGCUCUUGACCAUGGGAAGAUUAAAACGGUAUCAUUUUACAGACAAAAAAAGGGAACUGAAAAAUCAAAGCAAGUGGGACAAAUAAACCUUCUGAGAGGUGUUUUUAUUCUGACUGAGGGGUUAGCCUCUAGAAAAAUGUGUGUGCCUGUUUACAUCAAGAAAAACAAACAAAAAAAGACCUAUUGUUUCUGUACAGACUUCAACCAAUGUCUACGGAACCCUUUAGCUAUUUCUAUGAUCACCACUAAGCCAGCUGUACAGACACCGUUGGAUGGAAAUAAAAAAAAGAGACUGAUAGUUGGAGACUCCGUUACCGAGAAGCGGACGGAUAACGAAAGAAGGAGAUAGAAACAGAGAGCAGGUGUUGUACAUGAAUAAUACAAGUGUAAGGAGACAAGGACAAGCGAUGGCGUGCAGUAAUAUAAAAUCUAUUAUGUUUUUUUUGUUUUUUUUACUUGACUGUCUUUAUAUAACUUCUCUUUUUUUUUUUUUUUUUUUUGUUUCCGUUGUUCUUUUUGUGUGAUAAACGUGUGCAGACGACAAAUAUCCAAACUCACCGUUACAGACAGGAAUUCCUUUGGUUCCCUCCUCUUUCGAGCAAAGCCACUUCAGGAAGGAGAUCUGGACAAACCACUGUGCAGAAGGAUCUCGUGUUGGUUUUAUAAAUAAAACAUCAGAAAUUAAUGUUCACAUUGGAUCACGUUUUUCAAAGCACUUAUUUGUAUUUUUAAGGUCCUUCCUGAGCUGACUGCACUGAAAGUGAAUAACCCGUUCGUGAUAUUUGGCUCUGUUGACGCCAUCGGCCGACACAAAAACAAUCAGACACAAUCUGUGGUUUUUAUCAUGUGUGCAAAGUGUUUACUGUGCUAUUUUAAAAGCGUAUAA